AUGAGCACAGCUGCUGUGGAGGAGCGAGCAGAAGUCACACCACAGAUAAGCCUUUCUACUUUGCUUUUCAGUCGUGCUACUUCCGUCAUUAUUCCCCUCAACCUUACCCAACCUCGCACAUAUGAGACAGGUGUCACCAUAUAUCGUCUCUUCGACUUUUGUUGAAUACAUCUUUACUCACUUUUUCAUCGGUAUUUUUGAAGAGCUCUUCUUGGAUGAAUUUUUAGCGUUGGGAACAAACUGUUUUGGAGCUGAAACACUUUGAAAUCUUCAAAGGCAGCCGCAAUUUAUCCGUUAAAGAAGGAGAGGACUGACAAUGAAGGUACUUGGCUCUUUUUUUUCUACUGUUUUGCUUUUCUUCUGUAAAACUUAGUUUUGAUUAUGUCUUUUUGGAUGGAAGGAUUUUAUUCUUUUAUUCAGAUAUUUUUCAGCUCUUAAAAAUUCUAAAAUGUGGACAAAAACCCUAACCUAAAGUUUUUUCAAUAGUACAUUAAAUAUUACAUUAAAAUAAAUAGAUAAGGUGAAGGGGUAGAUUCAUACUCCCUUUGGAUAUUUUAUAUAACAGUAUACUACUGUACAUUACUACAAGAAGAAUCUACAUAUGCAAGUCAACAGCUCAUGUAAUUGUAGUCAAACUUCCUCUUUUUUAUUAAUAUAUUUGUGUCUGUUACAGAAGCCUCGACAGUUUAUUCAGUCAAUAAUUAAAGACUUCUUGUAAUUGGAAAAAGACUUAAAAUGAUUUAUGUUUCAGUGUAAGGAAACAAUCAGAUGGUACAAAGUACGUCAUGAGGACGGAGGUCUUUCCAUCCAGUUGACUCGAUGCAUCAUGGCAGGUAGUUUUGAGGUUGUGACUUCUCUUUCUUGGUAACUACGUAUUAGACUACCGGGUUAAUACUGAUUAUGCAAAGAUUAUGCUAAUUAUAAGAUAAAGAUUCACUUAACAAUUGCUCUUGGUCAUGUUGAACAAUAAAAUAGGACCUCCUCUGAUUCUUUUGCUGAUAUCUAAUCUGAUAAUCAGUCUGGACGGUUCACUAGAGUGUUGUAUUGGAGUCAUAUUAAAACUGGAUAAUGUUAAUUUGUUUCAUAGGACUGUGAUUGGUGUCAAUAAUGAGCAGCUGCUAGUCUUUGAGAUCAUGUUGUGUAUUCUGGGUCACACCCAGACAGAGUUUCUUACUUCCGUAUCAAACUUUACACAUAAGUCUAUAACUUUAAAAUGUGACUUCCUCAUAAAUAUGUUUGUUCGUGAACAAACAUUGAUCUCACAAUUCAACUUUGAGUUGAAUUACCAACAUGCAAUAGCGUCCUAUCAUUUAUCGUUCCUUCUUUUUAGGAUGGGAAAGAGCUCACAGGUACUUUGUGUUUGUAGCAUUUCCCUCUCAAUGUCUGUCUGUUUCAGAUUUCCGUCCUCUUCACUGAGGGGUUACAGAGAAUAUGGCCUUCAAAACCAGCAGAGAGGAGCCCAUAACCACACCAUGCUGCUGAGGCCAAGAAGAGGGGUGCGGAUUUAAGAGCGCUUUAGGAACCAGGACUUAAUCUGAUGUGUGAAUCAAACUCAAAACUGGCUGUAUUUCACGUUAACAAAAACUUCAAGACUCUGGAAAGAAAGGAAUGAAUUCACCAGAAGGCGAGUAUCACGAACUACUUUGAAAUCUGCACAGAAGCCCACAGGAGUUACCUCAUGAACACUGUCACCUCUACAUAUCGAUUCUGUUCAUAAAGCAAGUCUUUAGACUUUAGAUUUCAAAGCAUACAUAUCUGGGGAACUGGAUUUGUCAAAAGUAGCCAUGAAUGGCCUCGCAGAGAUGUCGUUAAAGUGCGUCCUGGUCGGAGACAGCGCUGUUGGGAAGACGGCCCUGCUGGUCCGUUUCACAUCAGAGACCUUCCCUGAUUCCUACAAGCCCACUGUGUUUGAGAACACAGGGGUGGAGGUGUACAUGGACGGGGUUCAGAUCAGUCUGGGUCUGUGGGACACAGCGGGAAAUGAAAAUUUUCGACAGAUCAGACCAAGAUCCUACCAGCAGGCUGACAUUGUCCUCAUCUGCUUCUCUGUGGCCAACUCGAGCUCUCUGGCCAGUGUCCAACAUAAGUGGAUCAAUGAGGUUCGAGAGCACUUGCCCAAGGUACCUGUGCUGGUCGUGGCCACCCAGACGGAUCUGCGGGAGUCGGGGGCGCAUCGAAGCAGCUGCAUCUCUGCUGCUGAGGGUAGACGCGUGGCCCACGAAGUCCACGCCAAAGGCUACCUUGAGUGUUCAUCCCUGAGCAACCGAGGCGUGCAGCAGGUGUUUGAGUACGCCGUGCGGACAGCCGUCAACCAGGCCAAGAAACAGGCCAGGCGACGGCUGUUCAGCGUGAACCAGUGCAAAGUUUUUUGACCCCUGACUUGGAGCAAGCGGGCGGCUGUAGUCCUUUGUAAGGGUUCCCUGAGAUAUGCUGUUUGGAACUGAGUGAAGGCCUGUAGGGCCACAACCACCUGAAGUUGUACUGCAAACUUUCUUCAGGAAGUUGUUUUCCACUUACAGGGAAUUUCCUUAACUCUGACUGUUUUUUUUUUUUUUUUACAAAGCUGAGAGCAAACUGUGAAAGUUAUCUGCCAAUUAUCCCCCUAGAUGGACACCAGUGUAAGUUCUGCUUUUGUGUGAUCGAGGGAGAGUGCCACGCUGUUGAUAUGAGACACCAGAAAAACUUUCAGAAAUACUCCAUCAGAAAGUUGAACAGAAAAAGUGCGUUGAAAUUAAAUUGCUAUAGAUUUAACAUUGAAACAACAUAUCACCUCAAGGAACACAUACCUGAACCUCGCAUUAUAUAUACGUGUUGGAAGAUAACCUCUUGAAUUACAGUAUAACCUAUAAGAGGGGUUAUUUGGGGGGGAUUUUUGUCCUUUUUUUUGUGAAACAUAGACUAAGAAGUGAAAGUAGGGGAUGGCGUAGGGCAUAUGACAGAAUAUUUGCAGCUUGGGUUGUCAGCUGUGUGGACUACAUGAGGAUGCACAGAGCUAAACAGGCCCCCUAUUCAGAACUAGGUUAAAGCUUUGAUCACAGCAGAUGAAGGUUCAUAAACGGGUAUCUUUAACAUCAACAUGGAGCUUUUACAGUGCAGUUUCACAUUUCUGAAAACCAAAAAAAUGACUGUUCUCAUGCCCCUAAAUCAUUUAUUUAUAUAUUCAUAAUGGAUCUUUUUUUUUUUAAUCUUCCAGUGAUUUUAACUCAUCAGAAAAUUUCAAAACUAGACAGUUUCGCUUCCUUGUGUCCUGUUGGUUGUUUCUCUACAGACGAUGUAAUUUUAGGACUGACUGACUAACACCUGCUUUUUAAUGUGGUAUAUACUAUAUUGAUCGAUUUUUUCAAACUGUUAUUUAACUUUAUUAUGACGGAGUAUUAGGGCCACAUUAAGGAGAGAAAAUUAAGACUUUGAAAUUAAAGUCGUAAAAUUAAAAGAAUAAAGUCAUAUAGUCAAGUUGUAAUACAAUCAUUACUUAUGAGAAGAAAGUCAGAAUAAAGUCCUUAUAUUCUAACGUGUUGUUGAGGUGACAGUUGUUGAAAUGAGAGCCAAGGAGCAUUUUUGUGAAAAUGUACUUUAAUAAUGGUUUCUCAAACAAGGAGAUACUGAAUCUUUUGGCACAUCAGCACCACAUUAUCAUGAGUAUUUUACUGAUUUUAUUACAACAUUAUUCUCAUUAGUAAUGACAUUAUUCUCGUAACUUAACGACUUUGAUCUUGAAGUCUUUUUUUUUCUUAAUUUGUCCCUAAUACUCCGUCGUACUUUAUACCUCUUUUAGUAAAGAAAACAUUAGGGCAUGUUCGCCUCCUUUCUCUAUGUUUUUUUUAUCUGAUCAUGUUCUUGUUAUUAUUUGUUACCAGAGUAACUAAUUUGAAUAAAGUAAUACUAAUGAUUUAACAUAAAA